GCAGGUGGCGUGCCGUAGACAUGUCAAAUGGGUUGCAUUGUGGCUUAACAAGGGUGUGCACAACAACGUCACAGUCAUACUCCGUAUCAGUCGGCGCCUCAGCUGAUCCUGAGCUCUCGAUUCAGGGGUAUGGGUUGGGUUGGUUCCGAAACUCGUACCUAGACCAUGAUGUAACAAAUGUUCAUUCGUUAUUGUGCAUGGAUACCGGAGUAUCAGAUCGUAUAUCACAUGGGGUCGAUGUCAAGAUUUUCUAUGCUAGUCUCAUUCUUUCCAAAUGACGAUGUUGGGGUUAUCGUUUUUUCCAU